AGAUGUUUUUAGGUUCAUGACACUCUAGCAGUUGCAGAUAUAUCCAAAUUAUAGGAAAGGCACUAAUGGGCUCCUGUUUGGAGGAAGUAAAAAUCAGCUCUAUCCAGAAGCUAAUGAAAGUGGAUAAGAGUUAGAAAGAAAGCCUUUUACAAGGUGGUCAUUUUUAAACGUGUUAUCUAUUUUCCAGGUGCCUUGGUCGAUCAGGCAGUGUUUGAAGAACUUAUCAGGGAUCACCUUCCUCAACUGACAGAACACAUGACCGAUAUGACCUUCUUUUCCUCAGUUUCUCUCUCAUGGUUCCUCACACUUUUCAUCAGUGUGCUACCUAUUGAAAGUGCAGUGAAUGUUGUGGACUGUUUCUUCUAUGAUGGGAUAAAGGCCAUUUUACAACUGGGAUUGGCAAUCCUUGACUAUAAUUUAGACAAACUUCUGACUUGCAAAGAUGAUGCUGAAGCUGUGACCACUUUAAACAGGUUCUUUGACAAUGUCAUUAAUAAGGAUAGCCCAUUGCCUUCAAAUGUUCAGCAGGGUUCAAAUUUCAAUGAUGAAAAAGGCAGCCAUACUAAAGUGGAUAUUACAGAUUUGAUUAGAGAGUCCAAUGAGAAAUAUGGUAGUAUUCGCUAUGAAGAUAUACAUAGCAUGCGCUGUCGAAAUAGGUUAUAUGUGAUACAGACCCUGGAGGAAACAACAAAGCAGAAUGUG